AUGCCAACCAUCAACCCUCACUACUCUCCAUUGGUGCCCGGCGCCAAUCUCAGUUCUGACCGCAACACAGAAUCGUACGGUAGACCGAACGCAGCAUUCAAUCGACAACCCGCUUCUCCCUCUGCCCAAACUCCUUUGAUGCAUUCGUCUUCCCUUCGUCGGCCUAGCCCGACGGGAUCCGCUCCCUCUUCGUCCCACUCGUCCGGUCACACUCCGGCUUCUAGCACUCGUCCACUAGCUCAACCCAGUAACUAUGGAAGCUCCUCCUCAUCGCUCAGCUCGGGUCGUCGGUAUGCACCAGGCGGAUUCACGGCUGUGGGACAAUCUGGAGCGACAGCUAUGGCUGCCGCUGCUCGGACGCAGCGAGAUGCCAAUGCUUCAGGCGUCAGUUCGUUAGGAUCGAACGAUUCCUUCGACAAACGCCUAAGUAGCGCUUCCGAAAAGUAUUCCUACGCUGCUCCAGUAGCAUUUACUUCCCUGCCCGACUCGUGGGGAAGGCCUGGUACUAUUGAAGAUGAUGAUUAUCUCCACGAUCCAAAGAUUGGCAAAUCGCCAAACAGUCGUGGUUCCAUCUUUACCCUUCGUGGGCUAGUCAACAUCGGAACGGUCGCGCUUCUCGCUGCUGGUCUGCUCAUGCUGUUCGGUGGAUACCCACUCAUGUACCAUAUUCUCCAAGAGCAAGAAAGCAACAAGGGUGGUUUCGGUAUGGGAGGAACCAACAGCAGCGGGCAGAUUCCCGAAAACUUUCGCGGCCUCAUCGACCCUGACACGCCACGGUCGGCAUAUCGCCGAAGAAGCAUCGACGGUCAACGAAACAUGAACCUUGUCUUUAGCGACGAAUUCAACGUCGACGGUCGAUCAUUUUAUCCGGGUGACGAUCCCUUUUGGGAAGCAGUGGACCUUCAUUACUGGGGAACAGGCGACUACGAAUGGUGAGUUCAACAGCAGUGCGCGGUACCGUCAUUUCUGAUUGACUGAACGCAACGUUGCCCUUAAAGGUACGACCCUUCCGCUGUCACUACCGAGGGAGGUAACAUGGUCAUCACCAUGAUCGAGCAUGCCCACAGAAAUAUGAACUUCCGAAGCGGCAUGGUGCAGUCUUGGAACAAAUUCUGCUUCACUGGAGGUCACAUCGAAUUCCGCGUCAGACUCCCAGGCGCUCACGACAUUCCUGGUGGGUUCGACAAUCUCGCACACGUGCUCUGCGCAAACGACGCCACCCAAGACUGAUGUGAUAUAUUCUUACCCUCACCGUGCAGGUCUUUGGCCCGCUGCGUGGACCAUGGGUGCGUGUCUACAGAGUGCAGUGUGGGCCGAGCUGACGAGAAGGCUGUGGGCGUGGGGCUCGCCUGCUGCGCCAUUCGAUCCGACCUGAAUCUUACUCUGACGUGCUCUGGCCCCUUCACCCACCACACUCGCACUCACAUAGGCAAUCUCGGACGCGCUGGUCACGGUGCGAGCACAGAAGGUGAGUUGCUCCAGCGUUCUCCGAUGCUGCGCUCGUGCUGACACAUGAGCACUUCUCCGCAUUGGCAGGGUACGUCGCUUGA